AUGGGAAGCCGUGCACAGUCUCCCUCGGGGACUGGUCCUGUGGACCUCUUCAUGCCUCGGAGUGGGAUGCGACGCGAUUCCAUGCGCAGCAGCAUGAGUGUCGUGUCGGACGUGGAAAUGGCUCGUAACGAGGUCUUUGAUGGCCCAAUAUCUGAAAGCAUUCCUUCCAGCGUUGUAUCAUUUGCACACCGCCGUGACCGAGCAGGCUCUACCGUGAGCUUUACCUACUUCCAAGAUGAGGAAGAUUUCGCAGAAUGGUCGAAUGAAGAUGCGGUGGACGAGCAAAGCGAGAUCGAUAUUGAGUCUUUACAUGGCAUUGGCGACGCAGAUGUCGAGUCAGUCCGGGGAUCUUUCGUAUCUAAGCGUAUGUCUACCUCGCGCGACUCGAUCGAGCGUCCACUUCUUUCUCGCUAUUUGUCCGCCAGCUCGUAUGGUCGAGACCGACGAACCGGCAGUCGAUUGAAUCAAAAGGUCUAUAUCGCAUCGGAGGAUCUGACCGCCGUUUUUGCCGGAUUUUCCACAAGUACUGGAGGAUAUGCUCUGUACAUUGCUCUUUGCAUAUUGACCGGUGGAUUUGCCUACCUUCUCUUCCGAUGGCUGCCACGAUGGCGGGUGAAGGUGAUUGGGAAGGCAACGCCGAUAGGAAAGUGCCAGUGGGUUGCCAUUGAGGAUCAAUGGAAUCAAUUCACCAUUCACGAAGUUGGCAGCCAACUCUAUGGGCGGCCGCUUUCCACAGUCUUCGCUGAUUCGUCGAGUUAUACAUACGACGAAGAUAGUGAUCCGACACUUGCUUCUUUGCACUUCAUUGACUAUAGACACCUGCGAUUCUUCUACCAUCCCCUCGAGGAUAAAUUCUCGUUGGUCAAUGGUUGGAAAGAUCCCUCAUGGACUAAUGCGAAGGUCAUGCGGAGUGGAUUAGAUGCCGAUGAACGAGAUAGCAGAGAACAACUCUUCGGAAACAAUACCAUUGAAAUUGACCAGAAGACAAUUCCUCAGCUUCUCGUCGACGAGGCAUUCCAUCCGUUCUACAUCUUCCAAGUUGCCAGUCUCUUGUUGUGGUCCAUCGAUGAGUACUAUUACUACGCCGUUUGUAUCUUUCUCAUAUCGUUCUUCAGCAUAGCCACUACUGUGCUAGAGACGAAAUCAACCAUGAAACGGCUCAGGGAGAUCUCUCUCUUCGAGUGUGAUGUGCGCGUGCUAAGAAACGGGUUCUGGCGAUCUGUCUCCUCCCAUGAGCUGGUGCCUGGUGAUGUGUAUGAAUUCUCCGACCCUUCGCUCAAUCAGGUGCCGUGUGAUUGCAUAUUGCUAUCGGGAGAUUGUAUUGUGAACGAGAGCAUGCUGACUGGGGAAUCUGUUCCUGUGUCCAAAACACCACUCACCGAUGACGCCCUCAAAUACCUCGAUCUCAGUACCCCCUCUAUUCAUCCUCAAGUUGCCAAACACUUCCUGUUCAGCGGCACGAAGGUAAUCCGGGCUAGACGUCCUCAGAACGUCGAUGACGAUGAAGCAGUAGCGCUGGCAAUCGUUAUGAGAACUGGCUUCUCGACGACCAAGGGCGCGCUCGUUCGCUCGAUGCUUUUCCCGAAGCCUUCUGGGUUCAAAUUCUACCGUGACUCGUUCCGCUACAUCGCAGUGAUGGGAGUGGUCGCUAUCCUUGGUUUCAUUGCUUCAUUUGUUAACUUUGUUCGAUUGGGUCUCGCUUGGCAUUUGAUCAUAGUGCGAGCCCUCGAUCUGAUCACGAUCGUUGUACCACCAGCUCUUCCGGCCACACUUACUAUUGGAACCAAUUUCGCACUUUCAAGAUUGAAGAAGCAGAACAUAUUCUGUAUCAGCCCACAGAAAGUCAAUGUGGGAGGAAAGCUGGACGUCGUGUGUUUUGAUAAGACUGGUACUCUCACCGAAGAUGGGCUGGACGUGCUCGGAGCACGUAUAGUGACCCGUGGUAAACGAUUCUCGGAGUUGCUCUCUGAUACGUCUGAUGGGUUCCUCCUUCCUACUGCAAAUGCAAAUUCGUCAUACGAUAUCGAAAAACAGCGAAAGAUCGUGUACGCAAUGGCUACGUGCCAUUCCCUCAGGGUGGUGGACGAUGAGCUAUUGGGAGACCCUCUUGAUGUGAAGAUGUUCCAAUUCACCAACUGGACGUUCGAGGAGGGAGGACAUACUGUUUCUGACCCGGCGAACCCCAAGUAUGACACGAUAGCGCCAUCGGUUGCAAAGCCGCCUCAGGCUCAGGCCGGUGAUCAACAGGACGUAAAUAACCCACUGGAACUCGGAGUACUACGGAGUUUCGAAUUUGUCUCACAUCUCCGCCGCGCAAGCGUCGUUGUCCGCCAAUUUGGUGAUAAUGGAGCAAGUUUCUUUGUCAAGGGUGCCCCAGAAAGCAUCAAGGACAUUUGUUUACCUGGAUCCCUUCCUGCGGAUUAUGAAGAUCUCUUGAAUUACUACACUCACAAAGGAUACCGUGUGAUUGCCUGCGCCACCAAGCACGAACGCAAGUUGAGUUGGAUGAAAGUUCAAAAAAUGUCACGAAUUGAGGUGGAGUCCGAUCUGGAAUUCCUGGGUUUCAUCAUUUUCGAGAACAAAUUGAAGCCCAGUACUGCUGGUGUGAUCUCCCAGCUGAACGAGGCGGGAAUUCGCAACGUUAUGUGCACUGGUGACAAUAUCUUGACUGCUAUCAGUGUUGCUCGUGAAUGCAACAUGCUCGGCCGCGAUGAGCCCUGCUUUAUUCCCCAUUUUGUCGAAGCACCUGGUCUCUCAUCCAAGACUUCCCUCAUAUGGGAAUGCGUGGACAACCCCGACCUUCAGCUAGACCCCAGAACACUUACGCCUAUGAACACCGCGGAGAUCGAUUUGUCAAUCCCCGGAAGCUCUCUCGUUGAGCGAGAGUACUCUGUCGCUGUGACGGGUGAUGCGUUUAGGUGGCUAAUCGAUUAUGGAAAUGAGGAUGUACUCAACAAGGUACUUGUGUGCGGCAAAGUGUUUGCGCGAAUGUCCCCGGACGAAAAGCACGAAUUGGUCGAGAAACUCCAGUCUAUUGAUUACUGCUGUGGCUUUUGCGGCGACGGUGCCAAUGACUGUGGUGCGUUGAAGGCCGCAGAUGUUGGUAUCUCAUUGUCGGAUGCCGAGGCGUCUGUUGCCGCACCCUUCACUAGCCGCGUGUUCGAAAUCUCCUGUGUUCCGACGGUGAUUCGGGAGGGUCGUGCUGCUUUGGUGACAAGCUUCUCCUGCUUCAAGUUCAUGAGUCUCUAUUCCGCCAUUCAGUUCUCCACGGUCAGCUUCUUGUACACCUCGGGAUCCAAUCUCGGUGAUUUCCAAUUCCUCUUCAUCGACCUUGUCCUCAUCAUGCCCAUUGCCAUAUUCAUGGGCUGGGCUGAUCCUGCUCCGACAUUAUCUCGGAAACGACCAACCGCCGAUCUUGUCUCGCGGAAAGUAUUGACACCUUUGCUCGGCCAAAUCGCGCUAGCUGUGCUAUCACAAUUUGCGGUCUUCCAGAUUGUUCAAUUGCAGCCAUGGUUCUUGCCACCUCAAUUGGACCGGGAAAAGAGCAACAUCACCAACUCGGAGAACACAGCUCUUUUCGUAUUCUCCUGCUUCCAGUACAUUUUCAUCAGUAUUGUUCUCAGCGCGGGCCCGCCAUUCCGGAAACCCAUGACUCAGAAUGUGCCGUACUUAUGUACAAUCGUCGUCAACGCCCUGAUCUCGGCCUACAUGCUCUUCAGACCAGCCGAAUGGGUUCGGAGUGUGAUGCAACUGACAUACAUGUCUGAUGGAUUCCGAAGCUGGUUACUCGCGCUGGCAAUCGGGAUCCUCAUUCUAUCCUGGAUCGCAGAGAAGAACAUAUUCCCUCGCGUGGCACAGAUGAUUGGACAUGCUCGUGCUCGCAUGCAACCAAACUACCGCAAGAAGCGCCGGACCUACAAAGUGCUUUUGGAGGAACUGCGCUUGUGA